AUGGCGGAGGAAAACGGCCACUGCCGCUUCAACGCCUCCAACGUCGGCGCCACCGACACCGGCUUCGUGGACGUCGAGCACGGCAGCGAGAGGCCUUCCACUUCUACCACGACGGUAAGUGAGGCGGCGCAGAGGGCUGGGUGCUCGGCUGUCUCGCUGAAUCAUCCGACGCGACUCGGAGGCAAAUUCUGGCGGAGGGAAUCGGGUAAACGCUUUAAGAAGCCAGGGAUGGGUGUCAUGUUAGCGCUUCUCAGAGAUACAAGCAGAGGUCAGCUGUUGCGCCAGACGGUCCCGACUAUCAAUGUAAACUCAGCAAGCGUGUACUCCGACAAGACCUGCUCCUCGACGCACCUCGACCACGGCGUCCUCGCGGUGGGCUACGGCGCUGACGAGAACGGCGGCGACUUCUGGCUGGUCAAGAACUCGUGGAACACCUCCUGGGGCAACAAGGGCUAUAUCAAGAUGUCCAGGAAUAACCAGAACAACUGUGGUAUCGCUACCCAGGCCUCGUACCCGCUUGUCUAG